CAGUUACUAUACGAAAUAAAUUUAACAUUUUUAUUACAAAAUACUUAAAAAUUUAAUAUUAUGUAAUAUAAAUAACUUUCUAUAUUAAUGAUCUAUUGAUACCAGAUAAAAUGAAUAUUCUAAAAAAAUCAGCUAUUAAUAAAAAUAUAAAAUUAUCAAUAAGAAAGUUAAAUUCAUUAAAAAAUGCUAAUGAACCUUCUUCAAUGACUGUAUUUGACCGAAAAGCUAAGAUCAUUCAAAAACAACGAGCGGCAAUAGCAGAAGAUAGUUCAGUUUAUGAUUACAUCAAAGAUGAAAUUGGAUAUCGUUUAUCAGAUCGUCUUUUUGAUAUAAAACGACAAUUUAAUCUAGUUGUGGAUUUAGGUUGUGGAUAUGGUCAUGUAUCCAAACACAUUUCGAUAGACAAUGUAAAAGAGUUAAUAAUGUGCGAUGUAAGCCAAGAAAUUCUGGAUAAGUCCCAAAAUCCUGAACCUGAUGUUAAGGUUAGUAAAAUAGUGGUAGAUGAAGAGAAAUUACCAUUUGAUAAUGAUAGUAUUGAUUUAUUAAUUAGUUGCUUAAAUCUUCACUGGGUUAAUAAUUUACCAUCAACUUUCCUCCAAAUUAAAAAUUGUUUAAAAAAUGAUGGAGUUUUUUUAGGAGCUAUGUUUGCAGGCGAUACUUUAUAUGAAUUAAGAUCAUCAUUACAAUUAGCGGGUAUUGAGCGUGAUGGAGGUGUAACACCAAGAAUAUCACCUUUUGUUCGUCUCAGGGAUGUAGGAGCAUUAAUGCAAAGUGCAGGAUUUUCAAUGCUAACAUUAGAUACAGAUGAACUGAUAAUAAGAUACCCAUCUAUGUUUGAACUAAUGUGGGACUUAAAAGGCAUGGGAGAAAAUAAUGCAGCUUUAAAACGACCGUUGCGACUUAACAAGGAUACUAUGUUUUCUGCAGCUACUUUAUACAAUAAGCUUUAUGGUAAUCAAGAUAAAGACAAUAAUACUCAAGGUAUUCCAGCUACAUUUCAAAUCUUAUAUAUGAUAGGAUGGAAACCAGAUCCAUCACAGCCAAAACCAUUACCUCGAGGUUCAGGACAAAUAUCAAUUAAAGAUAUAGGAAAGCUUGAUAAAAUUGUUAAAAACAUGGGAAAGAUAGAAUAUUAAAUAUAGUAAGUCUUGAAGAUUAUGUUUUCAAUUUA